GAACCUUCUGCGAAACCUUCUUCCCCAGCAAAUGCGAUUCAGCUUUAAUUUCGCAUCACUGUGGCCCAAAUUCUUGUCUCUCUGGCUGUCGCAACCCUUUUUCUAUUCUCCUAGACUUGCUUUUGCGGCGACUGUCUCCCCCGCCGAAAACGUACUGCGUCACGACACAAGCCGCGUUGUGACCACUUGGCAGCCGGCAAGGCGCAGGAGGCAAAGAGAUGACACAGGCCGGACACCGCUCGGCAAGCUGAAUGCGUUCCCAGGUCGAACCAUGAUGGUCACAAGGAGUCGCUGCAGCUGCGGGGAGCUUGGAUGACAAACAGCUCCUCCCCAACUUUUGAGCCCCUCAAUCUUUGGCAUGUUAAAAGGACUCGCUCAAGGCAUCGCUGCCGUUGUAUCUUCCCCAGGCCAAUUGCCUUUACGUCUGCUCACAAUCCACGCUAACCCUAUCCAGCCUAGGCAAACCCCAGCUGCAAUCAGCCAUCGUCUUCACAUUCAACUUCUAAACCUCAGCAACAUGAGCGUCCUACCGAAUUCACCUGUCAAUGCCGAACUGCGGCAGCCAGUAUUGCAGCAUCUUCCAUACCACCUCCGAGAUGCCGACUACGAGAGAGUCAUCUCCGUCAAGACGGACAUCCAGAUUACAUUUGAACAAGCCGAGCCAGGAAAAUGGGACAGUAUAGCUUGUAGCAAGGACAAGGGUGAAGCUAGGGAUACAGGCAAGAAGUCUACUUCUCGCUCGUGGUCCACAUGCUCAAGCAACGCUUCCGAAGAACAGAUCAAUUCAUCCACUGAUUCCUCGGCGCAACAAUCUUCAUAAGCUGAUCGCGGUCAUACUCCUUAAAUCCACCCCACGGUUCCACACGACAUCGGAAUGAGACCACGCCGAUAACGCAUUAUCACAUGCAAUUGUUUCUUAUCCUGAAGCAAGCAACAUCCUAUCACCGCGGUAGGCGAUUCUCCCGCGACAGUGAGUUGGGAGAUGGGUCUGCAGUGCGAUUUCCUGUACCCUAUCACUUCCUGCCUCGUCUUGCAUACACAUGGAAUGUAUGCACUUCUGCCUUCAUGACUCUUUCUAAAACCUCUGAGAGCUCUGUAGCAGUGGUCGGCCCACCGGAAGAGAAAAAAAUGGCUAUGCGACGGAUAAUCGGGAUGCAAGCACAGCAUGGAGACAUGUUCACUGGACGCGGAUCAUUGUUUCAAUGGCCAGUGCUUAGCUCUGGGUUUUGUAUCUUGCGGAUGCUAGUGUUGGUUUCUAAGAUAUUUAGUGCAAACAAAACCUCCG